AUGGGCGACAUCGAAGCCAACGAGAAGUCCAUCGCCGUCCACAGUCUUCCUGGUGGCCGUUCUGUCUCACCCGUGAAUAUAGAGGAGCGACGAGCUUCGGUAACUUCUACCUCAGCUGCGAAGCGGAUCCUCGAGCACAGCAACGAUGCCGAUGAGGCCAUGAAGGCAUUCGCCUCGGGCGAAGUCGUCGAGAUCGACGAAGCCACCAACAAGCGUCUUCUGCGCAUAAUUGACUGGCAUCUCAUGCCGCUGCUCUGCGUCAUCUAUGGGCUGAACUACCUCGACAAGACGACCUUGUCGUAUGCCAGCAUCAUGGGCAUCAAGACCGACAUCAAUCUCGUGGGUGAUGACUACCAGUGGCUCUCUAGCAUGUUCUACUUUGGGUAUCUGGCCUGGGAGUAUCCCACAAAUCGACUGCUGCAGAGACUCCCGCUUGCCAAAUAUUCUGCCUUCUGCGUCGUCGCUUGGGGCACAGUGCUGGCCCUAUUUGCAACAGUCUCCAACUUUGGCGGCGCUGUUGCUAUUCGAUUCUUUCUGGGAGUUAUGGAAUCUGCCGUCACGCCAGGUUUCGCCCUGUUCACUUCCCAAUGGUACACGAAGCGCGAGCAAGGUACCCGCACGGGCUUCUGGUUCUCCUUCAACGGCUUCGGCCAGAUCUUCGGCGGUCUCGUCGCGUAUGGGAUCGCCGUCGGCGCUCGCAAGCACGGUACGGCCAUCGCACCCUGGAAAAUUGUGUUCCUGGUCAAUGGCUGCCUGACCGCUGUGUUGGGAAUUGUGUUUUUCUUCGUCAUGCCCGACAACCAGCUCAAUGCGCGGUGGUUGAAGCCUCGCGAUCGGGUGCUGGCCGUCGAAAGGGUGAGAGUCAACCAGCAGGGUAUCGGCAACAAGCACUUUAAAUGGUAUCAGUUGCAGGAAGCCUUGCUGGACCCACUGACCUGGGCGUUCACCUUCUACGCCCUUACAGCGGAUAUUCCAAACGGAGGCAUCAGCAACUUCUUCUCACAGUUGAUCGUAUCCUUCGGUUAUACGCCCGAGCAGUCUCUCCUCUACGGCACGCCUGGCGGCGCCGUUGAAGUUGUUUCUCUGAUGUUCUGUGGCUGGCUUGGCGAUCGCAUCGGCCAACGAAUCCUCGUCUCAAUGGGUGGCUUGACGGUUGCACUGGUUGGCAUGAUUCUCAUUGUCGCCCUACCCCUCAGCAACAACGCGGGGCGGCUUGCGGGCUACUAUCUAACUCAAGCAUCUCCAACUCCCUUUGUGGCUUUGCUCUCCCUGAUCUCCACCAACGUCGCCGGCUACACCAAGAAAACGACAGUGGCCGCACUAUAUCUCAUUGGGUAUUGUGUGGGUAACAUCAUAGGGCCCCAGACAUUUAGACCAUCCGACGCUCCUGAAUAUAGGCCUGCAGAGAUCACCAUCAUUGUUUGCUGGGGCACGUGCCUCCUUGAUCUCGCUUUCAUUUGGUGGUAUUGCAGGAGGAUGAACAAGCAGAAAGAGAAGCAGAGGUCCGAGCCUGGAUAUGUCAAGCUGGAGAAUCAGGAGUGA